UACUCGAGGAGGCAGCUACGACGGUGCAGGACUGCUUCCUUUCAAGCGACGGAUAUGUGGAAACAGGGCUGGAAUCUAAUACGGCGGUAAGUGUUGGUAUAAAAGCCGCGCAGUAAGCGUCUCUGGCGUCAAAACCCCUACCUGUCGCGAGCGCUCAUCUCCGACCUCGAAAAGCCUAUUCGGGCCGUAUUUAUGCCAGUAGUAUUCGAUCCACAGCCGCUCCCUCCUUCUUUACCUCGCCCCUCUAGUCGGAUCUCCCUAGAAACAUGAGUAUUGUCAGUUCAGACCCCGCCCUCUCUCCUCUUCCCAGGACCCCGCUGCGGUUGGCGGGCGGUCUACCCACCAAGACAGGGUCCAAGUUCAUACCUAGGACAUCUCCAGCAACCACUGGCGUCCGCUACCUCAGUGCCUCAAUACAGCUGACAGACCUGGCCCCACGUGUGAGGGAAUUUGUGGAGGAACAUGUGAAGAUCCUGCGACCAGCCAAUGUCCACGUGUGUGACGGCUCCUCAGAGGAGAACCAGAGUAUGGUGAAACUCCUCCAAGACAUCGGCCGACUCAAGAAACUCGACAAAUACGAAAACUGCUACCUGGCCAUUACGUCACCAGAAGACGUGGCUCGCGUGGAGAAACAGACAUACGUAUGCACCACGAAGAAGGAGGACUCGGUCCCCACGCCAGCCCCCCGAGUGGAAUCAGUUCUGGGGAACUGGAAAGACCCGCAAGAGAUGGACAAGGAAAUGGAGAGCAAGUUCCAGGGUAGCAUGGAAGGCCGAACAAUGUAUGUGAUACCGUUCAGCAUGGGACCGCUGGGCUCCAAGUUAUCAAAGAUUGGAAUCCAGCUAACAGACUCUGAGUACGUGGUUGCCAGCAUGAGAAUCAUGACCAGAAUGGGUCGCGGAGUUCUCGACGUUCUCAAAGACGGCAGCUUUGUCAAGUGUGUCCAUUCGGUCGGAUACCCACUGAGCGAAGGUCAGAAAGAUGCAGAGUGGCCGUGCAACAAGAAGAAGCUCGCCAUCGUCCAGUAUCCGGAGAGGAACGAGAUCAAGUCGUUUGGCAGCGGGUAUGGCGGGAACUCUCUCCUGGGGAAGAAGUGUUUUGCUCUGAGGAUUGCGUCCACCAUUGCCAGAGACGAGGGCUGGUUGGCCGAGCACAUGCUGAUCCUGGGCCUUACCAACCCUCAAGGAGUGAAGAAGUACAUCGCAGCUGCCUUCCCGAGUGCCUGCGGCAAGACCAACAUGGCCAUGCUCACACCUACCAUCCCCGGCUGGAAGGCCGAGUGUGUUGGUGAUGACAUCGCCUGGAUGAGGUUUAACGAGGAGGGGCGACUCAUGGCAAUCAACCCUGAGAACGGUUUCUUUGGCGUCGCUCCGGGAACCAACACCGGCUCAAAUCCUAACGCUAUGGGAACCAUCUUUCGCAAUACCAUCUUCACGAACGUGGCGUCGACGUCUGAUGGUGGAGUCUUCUGGGAGGGGCUGGAGAAGGAGGUUCCAGCUGAUGUGUCCAUUACCUCAUGGCUCGGAACCAAGAACUGGGAGAAACUGACCGACCAUGAAAAGAAGGAGAAACCGGCUGCCCACCCGAAUUCGCGGUUCUGCACCCCAACCAGCCAGUGCCCCGUUGUUGAUCCUGACUGGGAGGACCCUCGGGGAGUUCCAAUUGAUGCCAUCCUCUUCGGCGGUCGUCGUCCGCGCACCAUUCCCCUGGUCUACGAGGCAAACAGCUGGAACCACGGAGUGUUUGUCGGUGCAUCGAUGCGCUCUGAAGCCACCUCGGCAGCUUCCGACUUCAAAAAGGGAGGCCUUCUCCACGACCCCUUUGCAAUGCGCCCAUUCUUUGGCUACAACUUUUCCCACUAUCUCCAGCAUUGGUUGAGACUCCAGCACACACCUGGCGUCCAGAUGCCCAAGAUCUUCCACGUUAACUGGUUCCGCAAGUCCGACGGGAAAUUCAUCUGGCCGGGAUUCGGCGACAACAUCCGUGUCUUGGACUGGAUCUUCCGUCGCUGCGAUGGCGAGGACGUUGCGCAAUCGAGUCCCCUCGGGCUCAUCCCAAAGGAGGGCACAAUCAACACCGAGGGACUGGGUCCCAUCGAUAUGGCGUCUCUGUUCCAAAUGCCGAAAGAGGAGCUACGAGAGGAGGCUGCAGUCAUGGAGGACUAUUUCGAGAAGCAGCUCUCCGGAGACAUCCCUGCCGAGGUCCGGCAAGAACUCGAACAGUUCAAAGGUCGCGUGGAUGCCUUGUAACAAACCCAGUCUUGUAGGAGUCGCGCCUUCAGAAAUGUCGUGCACCAGUUAAUAUUAUUUAGCAUGAAAUUUCUGUUGAUAUUUAUUUUUCCACGAGCUGUUUUUUCUCUCUCACGACAUUGUAUUCUGUGAGGAUAAGAUUGAUCUGAUUGAUCUGACACUAUAUAU